AUGAUUUCUCAAUCUUUUAAUUCUUUAUUUUCUUUCUUUCACUUUUCUUUUUCUUUUCUAAUUUCUUUUUUUUUUACAUCUUAUUUCUUUUUUUUCAGUUCUCCUUUGUUUAUCUUUCUUUCUUGUCUCCGUUUCUCUAUUCGUUUACAUUCGUCUUCUUUUUUUUAUUAUUCAUUUAUACUUUACUUUAGAUUUUUUCUUUUCUUUCUUUCUUUCUUUCUUUCUUUCUUUCUUUCUUUCUUUCUUUCUUUCUUUCUUUCGUUCAGUCGCCCUUUCUUUUUACUCGUUUUUACUUUUUUUUCAUUUUUUCUUUUCUCCUUCUUUUUUUGUUUUUCUCUUUUGUCUUUGGUCUUCUGUCUACUCUCUCUCCCUCUUUCUCACUGUUUUAUCAAUUUUUCUUUUUACAUCCAUUUUGACGUAUUUUUUUUUUAUUUGACUUCCUUCCGAUUUUGUUCCAUUCUUUAUUUCUUUUUUUUUUUUUGUUUAUCCAAUAUGCAUCUUCUAUUCUUUUUCCGUCUUCCUCUACUUCUAAUUUUGUUUUUCCUUUCUUCGCAUUUGUCUUUAUUAUUUAUCAUUCUCUACAUCAUUCUUUCUUCCCAUUACACCCAUUAUGUAUUUUUCACAUCUUCAUUUAUAUUUCGCUUUUUUCUUUCAUCCCUUCUUUACCUUUGUAUCGUUUCUUCUUACUUUCUUUUUCCCUUUUUGAUUCCUUCAUUUCAUCUUUCUUCUCAUCUUCCUUCUGAUUUUAUUUUUAACAUUUCUUUACAUUUCUUUUUUAACUCAUCUUUUCUCAGACAUUUUCUUCUUCAUUAUUCUUAUUUCUUACCGUUGUCAUGUUUUCCGGUUUUUUUAUUUUUUUUAUUUUUACCCAUCAAAUUCAUUCUUCAAGAAAUCUGUUCGCGUGACCCUGUUAAAGCAUUCGAGAUUUUCUUUCAUAAUUUCACGAGACUUCCAGCUUUUAACGGAUAA